AUGAGCAACCGUGGUGGUGUCAAUGGCAGCGGCACCCAAGCUUGCGCUGCGUGUAAAUACCAGCGUAGGAAAUGCGCUCCUGAUUGCAUACUCGCGCCAUACUUUCCUCCUGAUCAGCAGCGUCAGUUUUUAAACGCUCACAAAUUGUUUGGUGUUAGUAAUAUUGUAAAGGUCAUUCGUAAUCUCGAUCCCCUUCAGAAAUCUGAAGCAAUGCGAUCCAUCAUUUUCCAAUCAGAUAUCCGGGCACGUAAUCCCGUUGGUGGUUGUCACCAGAUUAUCGUUGAUUUGCAGAAGCAGAUUGAACAACACACCAUCGAGCUGGAGCUUGUGCUGAGAAAGCUCGCCAUGUACCGUGAGCAAGCUUGCACGCAGAGCCAGGUGCAGGAGGUCGGCCACGUUCAACAUGGUCAGCUGGGGUUGGAUAUGAAUUUGAUGUCGAUGAGUGGUUAUAAUCCAAUGCAGCAGUACCAUCAUCUUCGGUACCACCAUGAUGUAAUGCCACAUGUGAUGCCGACUCCUAGUAGAAGCUGCAUGGAGGGAUCUUCUUCUUCAAUUAAUGCAAUGCCGUUAAAUGAAUUUGGAGACAUGAAAAUGCAGUAUGGUAUCUUUGAUCGAAAUCAGAAUUACCCAAGUGAACGUGGAGACUCAUUUCAUGGCAUCGAUUCGUUUACAUGCAGUAACAGAGUCGCUCUAAAGGAUGAGCAGAAUUCCAUGGAACAAGUUCAAGAGCAUGAUUUGAAGGGUGCAGCUUCUUUAUUUACUCUUACAAAUUGUAAUUCAUAA